AUGAAUUCUUCGAUCAACUCCAGCGCAAUUUCCACGACCGAAACCUACGUCACAGAACUGGACGUGGUCAUCUUCUCCUUAGCGAUGAUGUUGUCCUUCUUUAUCUGCACGGUCAACAUCUUGACCAUCCUCGUCAUUUGGCGAACGCCACAGCUCCGCACGUUCGCCAACGUCUACGUCACCAGCCUCGCUUUGGCCGACUUCCUGAUCGGCCUUGAACUGGCCUUCACCUCCUUCUUCUUCCUGCCAUCCACGCGUGUGGAUAUCUUCUACAAGCACAUCCGCGCAUGUCUCAUGAUGAAUGGAUUCAACAUCGGGAUGACGGGGGUAUCCAUUAUCCACAUGGCGAUUGUGGCUGUGGAUCGCUACAUCUACAUCACCAAGCCGUAUUUUUACGAGAGAGCCAUAACCAAGCGUGUCGUUGUGUUUUUUAUUUUACUAGCGUGGAUCGUAGGGCUAACCUAUAGCAUCCUGCCGCAGUUUUACCAUAACAAUUACGGGGAAAUCCCCGUAUGUCACGUUACUGAAAUUUUCCCGAUUUGGCAUCUUUUCUACGGUUCAUGGAGCUUAUACUUCAUCACAUCAACCGUCAUACUCAUCAUGUAUUUACUCAUACUGCGCGCCGCUGUUAAACAGCGCAAGGCAAUCCACGCUUUCGGCCCUACGGGAAUUCCCUCAAACUCACAAAUAAACAACGGGUUUUCCCGGCACGCUAUGAAAACCCUCAAGUUUUUUUUCACCGUUUUCGGUGCCUUUUUCGUGUGCCUGACUCCGUGUGUUGUCGUCUUGGGCGUGGACUUCUACGUCACGGUGCCGGCCAUGCUGUACCGGGUGCUCUCUGUACUGGCCUUCACCAACUCUGGGAUGAACUUCAUCAUUUUCACCGCCCAGAACCGCUGCUUCCGUCACGCUCUGCUGAAGAUGCUGCGGUGCCCGGUCAAGCAGAGACACAACCCGUUUGAUAUUGAAUGCACGUUCACAACCAACCAAGCGCAUCGUUCUAGCAGAUAA